CGCCUUGGAUGGGGUGGUUGUUGGUUUUCCACUGACUGAGAAAGUCGUCAUUGGAGGUGACUUCAAUGGCCAUAUUGGAGAGUUGGCCGAUGGCUUCGAGGACGUGCACAGUGGUUUUGGCUUUGGCAGCAGGAACCCAGCGGGAGUUUCACUCUUGGAGUUUGCCAGAGCGAGUGAUAUGGUGGUUGCUAACUCUUGUUUCCCUAAACGAGACGACCAUUUGGCUACAUUUGUUAGUGGAGUGGGGACGACACAGAUCGACUAUCUUCUCAUGCGCAGGUGUGAUCGGGUGCUCUGCAAGGAUGCUAAAGUAAUUCCGAGUGAAAACGUCACUACCCAACACAAGCUUCUCGUGAUGGAUGUUAUGAUCAGGUGGGAGAAACAUAGGAGAGCUUCGAGUGGCAACACACAAAUCCGGUGGAGGAGACUAAGUGCGGAGAAUAUCGCUGAGUUGACCAGGCGAGUGCAGGAGAGAGGUGCGUCGGAAUCGACCGGAGAGGCUACUGAUAUGCGUCAGGGUGAUUGGUGGUGGAGCGAUUCAGUCCGAAGUAAGGUGGAAGCUAAGAAGGCAGCGUAUUUGAGGUACAUGGGAUGCAAUGUAGAGGAGGAAAGAGCGGCGUUACGAGUGGAGUACAAGAAAGAACGCAUAGAAGCUAAGUUAGAGGUAACGAGGGCAAAGAAUGCCGCUUUUGAACGGCUCUACAAGGAUAUUGAGGAGAAAGGCAGUGUUAAUCCACUGUUCCGGCUUGCUAAGGUGCGUGAGAGGAAGGCCCGAGAUCUAGAUCGCGUCAGGUGCGUGAAGGGCAGCAAUGGUAGAGUGUUAGUUGAGACUGCCAAGCCCAGGGCAUCUCGUGUGUAUUGCCGGCGCAUUUGCCUGGAAGAGGUGGUUCGGGCUCUGCGCGGGAUGCGUAGUGGGAGAGCUUUGGGACCGGAUGAGAUUCCGGUGGAGUUUUGGAAGCAUGCGGGUCAUGGCAAAGGUGACAUUCAGAGCUGCGAGAAUUACAGAGGCAUCAAACUGCUUAGCCACACCAUGAAGGUUUGGGAGCGAAUCAUUGAGUACAGGGUGCGGAAAGGGGUUUGCAUCUCUGAGAACCAGUUUGGUUUCAUGCGUGGCAGAUCGACUACAGAGGCCAUUCAUCUCGUGAGGAGGUUAAUGGAAGAGUAUAGGGCUAGGAAGAAGGACCUUCAUAUGGUGUUUAUUGACCUUGAGAAGGCGUAUGAUAGGGUGCCAAGGGAGGUCUUGUGGAGGUGCCUUGAGGCGAGAGGAGUUCCCAUCGUGUACACCCGCGCGAUCAAGGAUAUGUACGAUGGGGCUAUGACCAAGGUAAGGACUUCCGGGGGCGACUCAGAUUCUUUCUCGGUAGGGAUGGGGUUGCACCAGGGGUCUGCCCUUAGCCCUUUUUUGUUCGCCUUGGUGAUGGACGUUCUAACUCAAGGUGUUCAAGAAGGGGUCCCAUGGUGCAUGCUUUUCGUGGAUGAUAUUGUGCUUAUCGACGACACAGCUGAUGGGGAGUUAGAUGCGGAUGUUGGACAUCGUGUUGGAGUGGCUUGGGCCAAAUGGCGGUUAGCUUCAGGGGUGUUGUGUGAUCCGAAAAUUUCGCCUAGAAUGAAAGGUAAGUUCUAUCGAUCCGUAGUCAGACCUGCUAUGUUAUAUGGGGCAGAGUGUUGGGCGGUUAAGAAGACUCAUGUGCGUCGUCUGCAUGCGGCGGAGAUGCGGAUGUUACGAUGGAUGUGUGGGAAGACAAGGUUGGAUAGGAUUUCGAACGAAGUUAUCCGACGUCAGGUAGGCAUGGCACCGGUGGAAGAUAAGUUGCGGGAAGCAAGGUUGAGAUGGUUUGGCCAUGUGAGACGGCGGGAUGCUGACGCCCCUAUUUCGCCUAGAAUGAAAGGUAAGUUCUAUCGAUCCGUAGUCAGACCUGCUAUGUUAUAUGGGGCAGAGUGUUGGGCGGUUAAGAAGACUCAUGUGCGUCGUCUGCAUGCGGCGGAGAUGCGGAUGUUACGAUGGAUGUGUGGGAAGACAAGGUUGGAUAGGAUUUCGAACGAAGUUAUCCGACGUCAGGUAGGCAUGGCACUGGUGGAAGAUAAGUUGCGGGAAGCGAGGUUGAGAUGGUUUGGCCAUGUGAGACAGCGGGAUGCUGACGCCCCUAUACGGAGAUGCGAGAGGAUUACGGUUAUCGGGGGAAGUAGGGGAAGGGGUAAACCUAGGAAGAAUUGGAAGGAGGUGAUUAGGCAGGAUUUAGGACUUCUCGACCUGACUGAGGAUAUGGCCCUAGAUAGGAACCUUUGGAAAACUAGGAUUAGAGUAGCUGGAUAGGAGCUCGGUGUUGUAGAGGUUGUUUUGUAGUGUGUUGUAUUUGUUAGGAAUCUUCUGCUAUUGCCUGUACGUGUUGCUUGUACUUGGUACUUUAUCUGUGUUAUACUGUGUUCCCUUCCAUAUUUUUGUGCAGGUGGAGCCGGGGGUCUCUUGGAAACAGCCUCCCUACUUCCGAGUAGGGGCAAGGUCUGCGUACACACACCCUCCCCAGACCCUACUGUUGUGGGAUUCACCUGGGUUGUUGUUGUUGUUAU